CUCGCCGCAUUGCAUUGUGGGAUCUCAGCCUACAGAGACAACAAACCGAGGACGGUUUGAUAUGUGCUGAAAACUCUCUUAAAUCACAGUUUUCUUUUGAUUCAUCUUGCUUUUAUUGUAAAGCCACCUCGCUGGAGACGUAAAAUGGAGAAUGUGCAUCUGGCUAUGGAGGAGGAAGAUCUUUACUCGGGUUAUAAUGAUUAUAAUCCAACAUUUGACUCCGAGGAGUUGGAGAAUGAUAUGGACUUCCAGCAGGCUGUCAGGACAAGUCAUGGAAGAAGACCUCCGAUGACUGCAAAAUUUCCAGGCACUGCCAUUGGAGCUCGGACCCUGGGCACAUCCUUUGGAGCUCGAGUCCCUCUGGCCUCGUCGAUGGGUAGACCAAUGACUGGAGCUGUGCAGUUACAGGACGGGGCAGCGCGACCAAUGACUGCAGUCAGAGCAGCAGGGUACACUUCGUCUAUGGUUCGAGGCUCUACCUUUGACCCUUUGGGCCAGUCCAAGGGCCCUGCUCCUCCUCUUGAAGCAAAGAAUGAGGACACGCCCGAAGAGAAGAUCAAGAUCCUGGAGAAGAAAGUGAACGACCUGAUCGAGGAGAGCUGCAUGGCACAGAGCAUUGGAGCCUUCCAGCUGGCUCUUGAAAAAGCUAAAGAGGCAGGGAGGAAGGAGAGAGUUCUUGGGAGACAGAGGCAACAAUCGGGGAACACAGACCACAUCAACAUAGACCUCACCUACUCUGUUAUGCUCAACCUCGCCAACCAGUAUGUGAACAAUGAGAUGAACCCAGAGGCCCUGAACAGCUACCAAGUUAUCGUGAAGAACAAGAUGUUCAGUAAUGCAGGCCGUCUGAAAGUCAACAUGGCCAACAUCUACGUCAAACAGAAGAACUACCCUAAAGCCAUCAAGUUCUACCGCAUGGCGCUGGAUCAGAUCUCCAAUUCCCACAAGGAAAUGAGGAUCAAGAUCUUGCAGAACAUCGGCGUAGUCUUUGUCCGCACGGGUCAGUACCAAGAAGCCAUAACAUCUUUUGAGCACAUCAUGAGCGAGAGCCCCAACAUCAAGACCGGCUUCAACCUCAUCCUGUGCUACUACGCCGUGGGGGACAAGGAGAGGAUGAAGAAGGCCUUCCAGAAGCUCAUCACUGUUCCUCUGGGGAUCGACGAUGAAGACAAGUACAUCCCGACUAAUGAUGACACCAGCUCAAACAUGGUUAUUGAGGCCAUUAAGAAUGACAAACUUCAUCAGAUGGAGAGAGAUUUGAAAGUCCUGGCUGAGAAAUUCAUCAUGACUGCAGCUAAGCUCAUCGCCCCGGCCAUUGAGUCAUCCUUUGCCAUUGGAUUCGACUGGUGUGUGGAUAUGGUGAAAAACUCUCAGUAUGUUGAGCUUGCCAACGAUUUGGAGAUCAAUAAAGCCAUCACCUACCUCAGACAGAGAGACUUCAACCAGGUUGAGGCUGUAGAGACACUGAAGACGUUUGAAAAGAAGGACAGCAGAGUGAAGAGUGCUGCAGCCACCAACCUCUCGUUCCUCUACUUCUUGGAGAAGGACUACGACCAGGCCGACCGAUACGCCGACCUGGCCAUGAACGCUGAUCGGUACAACCCGGCGGCACUUAUCAAUAAAGGCAACACUGUGUUUGUCAAGAACGAUCACGAGAAAGCUGCAGAGUUCUACAAAGAAGCUCUGAGGAAUGAUUCGUCCUGCACAGAGGCGCUUUACAACCUGGGUCUGACGUAUAAGAAACUGAAUCGUCUGGAGGAGGCUCUGGACUGCUUUGAUAAGCUUCAUGCCAUUCUGAGGAACAGUUCUCAGGUCAUGUUCCAGCUGGCGACCCUCUAUGAGCUUCUUGGGGACACCCAGCGGGCUAUCGAGUGGUUGAUGCAGGUCGUGAGUGUGACCCCGACAGACCCACAGGCACUGGCCAAACUGGGCGAGCUGCACGACAGAGAGGGGGACAAAUCCCAGGCUCUCCAAUACUACCAAGAAUCUUUUAGGUGCUUCCCGUGCGACAUCGCUGUGAUCGAGUGGCUCGGUGCUUACUUCAUCGAGACGCAGUUCUGUGAGAAGGCCAUUCAGUAUUUUGAAAGAGCCACACUCAUACAACCGACGCGGGUGAAGUGGCAGCUGGUGGUGGCAAGCUGUUACAGGAGAAGUGGAAACUACCAGAAAGCUCUGGAAACAUACAAAGACAUUCACCGCAAGUUUCCUGAAAAUGUGGAAUGCCUGCGUUUCUUGGUGAGACUCUGCACCGACAUGGGACUAAAGGAAGUCCAGGAGUACGCAGACAAACUGAAGAAAGUGGAGAAGAUGAAGGAGAACAGAGAACAGAGGGUGAGGUCGGGGCGGGAGGGCAGCGCCAGAGGUCGAAGAGAAGGCAGUGCUGGGAGUGCUGACAGCGCCCACAGCAGCAGCAGCACUAAAGGAGAACGACUGAGCGCCAAGAUGAGGUCACUCCCUGGUUCCAAUGAGCCUUACGAGGCCAGCAGCCCAAAAGAAAUAGACGCUUCCUACGUUGACCCUCUCGGGCCUCAGAUGGAGAGACCGAAGACGGGGGCCAAGAGGCGAGUGGAGGAUGAUGAUUUUGCAGAUGAAGAGCUGGGAGACGACCUGCUGCCGGAGUAGAAGCAGUGUCUGGACAUUCUGCACCUGAAAGGCCAAAAACUUCAGAAUGAAACUGAAACAUUUUAAACUUGAACUUCAGGAAAGAACAGAAAGGUUACAGGACUUCAUUUUUAUGACUCUGUUAUCCUUCUUCAGAGCGUAGGAGUGAAGCGUCUUAACUGUCUUAGCUUUAUCUUCAUACCUUUGCUGGAAACAUAAAGGCUUUCUUCUGAAAGAUUCAUAUUUAAACAUAACUCUUAUAAUCCGGCCUGCAGCGAUUCAGACAGUUUUGUUCUGGCUCUGUGAUUCACAGAGUUGUUGAGGUUGAACUCAAGUUUUUCGGACACAGACCUCUUCCUCCCAGGAGAACGGCUUCUUUGCCGCUCACUUGAUAUGCAUGUGAACGCCCUCACACACCCUGAAAGCCCCCUUGAAUCCAGCGUCAGGGCACGGAGCCAAAACAAUGAAACACAUAUCACUGUUCUGAUAUUUUCGACUGCAAGCGUAUGUUUCCAUAUGUGAGCGUGGGAAACUUCUGGAAAAUCCAUCAACAUGGAGAUACCAAACUUUGUGUAAUCUGUCUUAUUUUUGUACAUUUUGUUCUUAAUCCAAAAGUUUUGCUUUGUGAUAUUUAUAUUUAUUGUUUUUGUUGUUUUUGUACAGUAUAAGAGUGAAAGCAGACACAUUUUGCAUAGAAGAAAAUUAAAAACUGAGAAUCUGA